AAAUAUUGAAGGUCAACUUUAAGGUCACAGUAAUGAAAGGCAGUAAUCGGAAUAAGGAUCAUUCAACAGAAGGAGAGGGAACUGGGAAACGACCAAAGAGAAAGUGUCUUCAGUGGCAUCCACUACUUGCAAAGAAAAUCCUUGACUUUUCUGAAGAGGAGGAGGAAGAAGAGGAAGAAGAAGAUAUCGAUAAGGUCCAGCUUCUUGGAGCUGAAGGUCUAGAGCACGAUGCUGAUGAAACAGAAGAUGAUGAAUCCUCAGAGCAGCGAGCCCGCAGGCCAAUGAACGCAUUUCUCUUAUUUUGCAAACGUCAUCGCUCCCUUGUGCGUCAGGAACACCCCCGUCUGGACAAUCGUGGUGCUACCAAGAUAUUGGCAGAUUGGUGGGCUGUCCUAGACCCGAAAGAAAAGCAGAAAUACACUGACAUGGCCAAGGAGUACAAAGAUGCAUUUAUGAAGGCAAAUCCUGGCUACAAGUGGUGCCCUACAACAAACAAACCUGUGAAAACCCAGUCAUCCACUGUUACAAACAGGAAAAAGCUAUGGGCCUUCCCGCCAGAAUCUGCAAAAGAUCUACCAAGUCCCAAGAAAGUGGCAAAGAAUGAAGAAAUGCCUCAGCUGAACUUUGGAAUGGCAGAUCCUACGCAGAUGGGAGGCCUGAGUAUGCUGCUUUUAGCAGGGGAACAUGCCCUGACUGCACAAGAAGUUUCCUCGAGUACUUGCCAGUCUGAUGCAUCUAAUUCUACUGAAGCAUGUCGGAAGUCACCAUUGUUCCAGUUUGCAGAGCUCUCUUCAAGCCCAUCACAACCUGAUGCCCCGGCGGCAGCAAAACAAACAGAGGAGUCAGCACUGUUUCAGUUUGCGGAGAUCUCAUCAAAUACUUCACAGCUGGGGAGUCCUGAGCCUGUAAAGCACUGUGGGAAGUCAGCACUCUUCCAGCUGGCAGAGAUUUCCUCGAGUACAUCCCAUUCAGGCCCUCCUGACUUAACAAAGCAGUGUGGGACGUCAGCGUUGUUUCAGUUGGCAGAGAUGUGCCUUGCAUCAGAGGCGGUAAAAGUGAAAGAACCUGGGAAGGUGGAAGUGGAAACAUCAGUGGAUGUGAAAGCAGAAGCUCCAGAGGAAGUGAAAGUGAAAGAAUUGGAGAAAGUGAACGUGAAAGACUCACAGGAAGUAAAAGUGGAAGAAUCUGAGAUGGUGAAAAAUCAAAAUGACGAAAAGACAAAAACUGAAGAGUUGGAGAAAGUUACAAAAUGCAGUCACUUUACUGAUCCGGCAGCAGACAGCAGUACUGUAGAGAUAAAUAAUAGUACCAGUGCAAAGGAUCACACAUGCCAUUCUCAAGAGCUUUCACUUGCUGACUUUAAUACCCUGGGUCUGAGCAAACCAGAAAAGAUAAAAAAGAAAAAGAAAAAAAAUAAGCUGGACCGGCACACAAACGAAAAAUCCACCGCCAAGAAGGCUUGUAAAAAGAGGCAGUCCUCUGAGUCGGACAUUGAAAGCGUCAUUUAUACUAUCGAAGCAGUUGCAAAGGGCGACUGGGGUGCCGAGAGACUCGUCGAAAUCCCCCGGAAGAAGGUCCGCCCUGCCUCAAACAUGAAGGGAAGUGUGUUGGACACAAAGUCACCAAAGAAAAAAGUAAAAUCAAAAGAGAAGAGAGCAUCAAAGGAGAAAUCCUCGGAGACCACCAAAGAAUCAAAGCCUCCUGACUUCCUUAGUAUUACAGCCAAUACGGAGGCGCCUUGUGAGGUACCUGACAACAUAAAAGCAGAACCACUGACCCCAACAGAGGAUGUCGUACCACAGAGUUUACCUGGACAGGUCAAAACAGCAGACAGUGACUGUAAUAAAAAGAUAGAAACCUGUGGCUCCAGGAAAUCAGAGCGAUCUUGCAAAGGUGCUCUUUAUAAGACUCUGGUGUCAGAGGGCAUGCUCACGUCCCUGCGUGCCAAUGUGGACAGAGGUAAACGAAGCUCAGGAAAAGGCAACUCCUCAGACCAUGAAGGAUGCUGGAAUGAAGAAAACUGGGCCUUUUCCCAAAGUGGGAUGAGUGGGAGUAAAAAGCUGAAAAAAACUAAGCCAAAGGAAGAAUUUGUUCUGGGUUUAGCAAAAUUGGAAGAAGAAUUUGAAAAAAAAUUCAACAGCCUCCCUCAGUACAGUCCCAUUACGUUUGACCGGAAAAGCGUAUCUGUUCCAAGGAAAAAGAAGAAGGUUGGAAGCUGCCCAGCAGAACAACCAAAAUCCAACAAAGCCAUACUUGCAGAAGACAAAAACCCCAGUGAGCCUGCACGGAAGAAUAAAACUUCUGUAUCUAUCCCAAAUACUCCAGAGCCAGCACUGCUGCAUGAACCCUUGGUUGGUAGCCAAAAGAGGAAAGCGAGGAAAACUAAGAUCACACAUCUUGUUCGGACAGCAGAUGGACGAGUGUCACCAGCAGGAGAGGCUCAGGAGGAAAAACCAAAGGAGCUACCACAGAGUAGUCUCCAAAAAACAUCAAGUGCGGAGACCGAUUGCAACGACGAAUGUUCUAGAAGCACAGAAGCAGAGGACACUCAUAGUAUUACGCCAGGCAUGCCAGCUGUGUCUGCAUUCUUUAGCUUAGCUGCUCUAGCAGAAGUAGCAGCAAUGGAAAAUGUACACAGAAGUCAGAGGGCAGCGCCUCUCCCACGUGACGGACAGCCAAAAGAAAUGUCUCAGGCUCCGGUGCUUAUUUCCUGCGCCGACCAGUGAAGCUCCACCUUAUUGUAAAACAUUGUGCUUUACCUAAUAUCCUAGCCUUGUCUUUACCAAGGGAAGCUAGUCAGUCCAUAUGAUGGAAAAUAUAGACUUGCAAACAAGUGCUUAUUGCUGUGAGUGGCCCAGAUUUCACUUGAAGCCAGAAGUUAGCAACUUGGGCCGAGUCCUCCAAUUGGAACCCAGAAUCUAGGAAGGUGGUGUUAUUUGUCUAAUAAUGAAAAGAAAUGGAAUGAUCCUGGAGCUUGCUUUCUAUUGAAGGCUUUUAAACAGUAAACAGGCGGUUUGUGUGAAAAAGGCUGCCUUUACAGUAGCUCACACAGCAUCUCUUCUAUCAACCAGAGGGUAUGGAAACUAGUUUCAUAUAAUACCUAGUUAUUCUAAACAAAAAUACAAAAAAAAAAAAAAAACACUGACGCACUGCACUAGUUAUUAGAUAUUCUUAGUCAUUUUUGUACAUGAAGAUUUAAGUUCUAAGAUGGUUUAUAUAAUAGGUUAUGCCUACAUUUAUAUUGUAGAAUGAAUUUAAAAACCUGUUCUGGAGAACUCAAGGCAGCAUGGACAGAUGUACCAUUGUUAGCGGUGUUUGCUCAACCAUGUGGUCCAGAUGUUCUGCACUUUUAUAUUUGCCACCACAGUGGUAGAGUUUACUAGCGAAAAUUCUGACAGGCUGUGUUGAUUUUGUUGUUUGUUCGUUUUUUUAAUUUAGCAUUGAAUAACCAGAAUGAUUUGCAUUAGAAAAAGGAGUGGCAUAUGGGAAAGAACAAUACUGCAGAUUAUGGACUGGUCUUUCAUGCAUUGGAGGGUUCCUUUAUUCUGCAUGGAGGUCUAAAUGACUGAGUGAAAUGCUCAUGUAAACAAAAAAAGUACUACAAAUACAUUGUUCAGAAGUGACCUUAGUAUUACUUCACUAUUCUAAAAACCUUGAAGACAUGACUUCAGUAUACAUGCACACUGAUAUACAUACCUUUUACAUUUGACAGACACUGGAAUUGUUGUAAUUACUAUGCGCAAUCUAAAUUGGCUUUGUAGAUUGUAUAAAAAGAGCCAGUUAUAGUUUGUGUUGGUAAAGUGGUAAGAUGUAUGCAAGUAAACCAGGAUUGAAGAAUAAGGUUUGACUAAAGUUAGGCUAUCAAGCAGAGAUCCACCUGCCAGUUCCUGUCCUUGCUUUUGUUUUCUUUAUGUAUUCUGCUCUCAUAAAUACAUCCCAAAAGCCAGCACCAAGUGUAUCACUUGGACUAUAUCUUCACUAUAUUGACUUAAAAUAUUUCAUAAGCCAGGUGGUUGUUUCCUACCAACAGAUGCAAAAUGAUUACUAGAAAUUAAUCUGAAGCUACAAAUUCAACAGGGUACUUCUUUCAUAGCACAAGAUGUUUCCCUACGUUUUGCGUCAUAGCACAAAGAUUUACCAAAUUGGACCCCAGCAAUAACUUUCUAUUAGUCUUCUUCAUACUGGCUGAAGUUUUGAUAGUAUUAGGUUGAGUUUGAAGCUCUUGAAUUAAGUCUUUAAAUAAUGAGAGUUUACAUGGUUCUAUCAGGCAUUCUUAUUUAUACUUGACUGAAUUGAUGUGUUUUUUUGGGGUGGGAGGGAUUUGUAAUUCUAAUUUGAUGUAAUAGCCAUAUGAAAAGUAACUCUAUUAAUGGUUGCUAGAUUUUAGCCUUUUGUUGCUGUAGAUAAGUGCAGAAUCUUCAGUUUAAAUGUUGGGAAAUGCUAUACAACAUACCACACAAGUUGUAACAAAUGAUGAAGUAUUGAUAAAAAGCAGAUAGCUUGGAAAAUAUGAUUAAAAUGCAUGUAAAAUAUCACCCUCAAAGAUGCUGGAGGAAGAUAUGUUGGCAGAAGGGAAGAAAAAGGAAAUAAACUUUAAUAGUAAUAAGAGAGUUAAAAGGCUUUUUAAACUUCAGGUAGAAAUAAGACUGGUAAAGAGCCCCCUAUUAUGCCAUUGUAGCAUGUGGCAAUAUUUUUAAUAAAACUUUAUUAACGUUUUCUAAAUUAUUUUAACAAAACAGAAAAACUGUCAACAUUUAAAACUGUUGGGUCACGGUGAAGUGGCUGUUGGCAUUUUGGACCACUUUAUAAAUUAUAAUUAGCUGAAAUCCAAAUAUUAUAUGGUGCAGGCCGUUCACCUUGACAAUGGUACUAACUUAUUUCUCUAGAACCCCCUAGAAUAGAUAUAUUUUUGCCAGAGCACCCCAUCAUUCUUCAAUUUGAAUUUCAGUAUUGUUCCUUAAGAUAUUUCUGUAUAUUAAUGGUACCUUUUUUAAAAGAAAAAAAAUUACUUUUUUCUAUGUGAAUCAAUAUCUUACUUGAUCUGCUUUUCCUUAGAGAGGGGUUGGGGCUGGGUCAAUUUACUGGAUAUGACUGUUUUCAGAUACUUAAAAACCUUUUUGUAGAUAUGCUUAAUUUUUAAGCAGUUAGGCACUGAGAGUAGCAGAAAUCCUGCAAAGCUUUAUAGUUCAUUAGGCACUUGCCUUCGUUGGUUCUCGGAGUGAUGUCUUGAUUUCAGUAGCAAGAAUUUUCCCUGAAUCUACUGGAAAGGGUAGCAGUAUUUUCAGGUAACAAAAUUUGUUAGCACAAGAAAAUUUCAGACCAACAUUUUACUGUAUUGGGUUUGUUUUUGUUUUUUAAUUUUUUUUAUUUUCAGUUGCUUUAAUUUGGAAAAUCGGAUUGCUGUGGUAUGUACUUCAGCAUACCAGCAAAUACUUUCACCCAUUGACAUAUGUCCACAAAUGCUUCUAGAGAAGAAAUUGUUGCACCUUAUGUAUAUCUCAAGCAAACCAAAAUAUGAUGCUUUUCUGCUUUGUUUAUUCUAAUUAUGUUGUAUCAUUCGUUACUGAACUCAUUCUCACGUAGCUAAACCUGUUGAUAUUUUUGCAUUUAAACUUAAUUUCUGGAUCUGAACCUAUGUAUAAAUCUUUCUUUUAAAAAACAAAAAGCAAUUAUCCCAGUCCUCUCUGAAUUCUUGAUGGGAGUGAGGAAUCUUGUUUCAAGUGUAAAAUGCAGUACUGUUCCAGUUUUCUUUUGCUUUUAUUUAUUUGGUGAUCUUUGAUAUUUUAUGUGUAGUUUUGAGGUAUACAAAGUGUAUUAUAGUAGCUAAAGCUACAGACAUAAGCAGCUGGGAGAAAAAUACUGUAAUGUUUUUUUAAUUGUUUCAGUACUGUAAAUGAAUAGAGGAAGAAUGUUCUGCAGAGCAUUUGAGAUGCAGGUUCUGAUCCCCACGUUGUUUUAUAGUCCAGAUUAGACCAAAAUUGAUCAAAAAAGGUAUGGAGAUUAAAUCAUGCUGUUGUAAUUAUGGCAGUAUUUAUCCCUUGAAUGUGCUGUAAUUCCAGACAUUGAAUAUAUUUAUUUAAGAUGCUUGAAUGCUCUUUUAUACUAAUUCAGUGUCCCAAAGUCAUGAGCAAAGGAUUUGUUGUCAGUUUCAAUUCCCAGUUUAUAGUGCCAGUGCAUGAGUUUUGAAAUAGAAAAUAAACAUUGGGUUGGGAAAGGAAGCAGGGACAAGGGAUUGACAGAACCCUAUGAGCUGGUAUUUAAAUUUCAACCCUUUUGUCAUUUCCCCCCUUAUUUAAUUGAGUGACACUCUGUCUAUGUAGCAUGAAGCUGGUAGGCACAGUGCAGUCUUUGACUCUAUGUAUUGCCACUUUGCAUCCAUGUCGAAACCCAAGAGAGUUGUAACUUGCCCCAGAAUAAGGCCAUACAUUAAUCUGGAUGACAUCUCUAAUGAUAAAGGGGGCAUCUUUUAGUAUGAGGCAUUAAUGUGAACCAGUUCUAAAAUGUGCUGCCUGUUUAGCUACUGGGCAAAUACUGGAAUAUGCUCUGAAGCCAUAAACUUGAGACAGUUAAGAGGGUGUCAAAGAAAAGACGGCCUCUUCUCAGCAUGGUGAAAUUAUGGCAACAAAGGAGAGGUAAAAGACUUUACAUUCUGUAAAAGAAAAAAAUAGGAUGAUAAAUAAUUCAUCGGGUUUGCAUGAUGCUCUAGUGUACAGUGAUUGUUGGCUGCAUCUCCCCAGAUGAAUGCUAAUUUUAAUAGGGCUUCCUCUACUAAAAGGCUACUUUCUUUGACUUCCAUUUGCUUUCCAUUUUCAUUUUAAAUGGAAUGUAAUCUGUUCAGCCAUCAAUGCCAUUUUUAUAUCAUGGUAUGUUUUAAUUUCCAAGAACAAUAUUUAUACAGAGGGAACAGUGUGACACAAAAUAUACAGUGAAAGCUGUACUGUUUAUAUUGCUGUUAUGCUUUUGACUUGUCAUAGUCAUAUAGAUUGUCAGACAUUGUCAUUUAGCUCGUAUUGGUUCAAUAAGAUGGUUUUUGUGACAACAGAAAAUGUAGAGCUCAUCAGAUGAUUAACUUCAGAUAUUCCCAAAGGAAAUGCAGUAAUCCAAAAGCUGCUUUUAAUACUUAGUGAGUUACAUUCACUAUAUCAUGCUUUCACCUGAAAACAUAAUUGUGCAACUCAUAUGUCAUAAACCAUGUUUUAUCCAUUAGACAGUCUUUCCUGUGCUUGUUAGAUUGUAGAGUUUCUAGAUAUCUUUGUCACAUUUUGUAAUAUUUCCAGCAUUAAUUCUCUUUACCUUGUACGUGUAUGAAAGAGUCAUCUACAACUGUCAGAAUAUUAAGUCAUUUCAGGACAUACAGAGCUGUAAAUUAAUGCAUUUAGGCUGUCGCAGAGAAGUUUGCCUUUUCCCCUCAAUUCCCCAAUAAAAAGUCACAGCGAGGUUUACACUUCUCAAUUAAAUACCAAGUUAGUCUUGCAAAUUUUCUAAUAAUUAAAUUUACAUCUUUUGUAGAGAGGGGACACUAUACCUUAAACUUGUCUGCAGCUCAUUAAGGCAACAAUCCAGAGAGAGCUAAUUCUAUGCCCUAAUUCAACAAAGUAUGUAAACUCAAACUUACUAAACUCUUCAGCACAUGCUUAAAUGUUAAGCAUGUGUUUGUGUGCUGUCCUGAUUGUCGAUGUUUCUGUGAACUGGAGCCUUAAUUCACAUUGGACUUUAAACAAAUACUAACAUUUUAACAUUCAUUAAGAUUUUCCAGAGAAUUAUUUUCUAAUUACUGGAUUCUGAUUGUGUUAUCAAGUACCAAGUAGAAACUCUCCAUAUGCUUCAAUGGAAAAAAGAUGUUACCUCACAAUCUGUAAUAGAAAUUACUUGGCUAAAUGUGCCUCCUCAAAUAACACUCUAAUCCUACCCUUUUUACUCACAGAAGUAAAACAAUCUCCUCCCCCCCCCCCACCCCUCAAAUCAUCUUCACACCAGUGGCUGGAACUUUGAAAGUGACCAAAGAAAUGUAUGUAAUGCAGAGCAGUGACCUGCAACUUUUUCUCUAUGAACUAAGUAUUUUACACUCGGGAGUUCAACUGUAAGACAGCCUGAGGUUUCUCACACUGUCUUAUGAACUUUAUUUUCAUAGGUUUCAAUCUUUCCCUUGCAUAUGGAGGGAUGAGAUUUUUCAAAGUGUCUAAAGUGAAUAAGGAAUACAAACCCCAUUGAGCUACUCACUUAGCCACGUUAGAAAAUCCUACCCCUAAACAGAGUUUGCUUUGGCCAUCAAGUCUUUCAGUCUAUCAAGAGCUGAAACAUGACUGAAUUUCAAUUGUCUGUUUUCAUAGGGCCUGAUCCUUCAACCUUUAUUCUCACACAUAAUUCCAUUGACUUCUAGUCCAUAAUUUGUCUUUAUUUGCUCUAAAGUUUGGUGUAAACAUGCUUUGUAGUAAUUAUUUCCAUUAAGAGGUCUAAUAGCGCUCUUGCCUUCUUAGAUGUGUGUAGUUAAAGUUAAUAAUCACAUUUAUAAAAUGCCUUUCCUCAAAAACUGAUACCUAAUUUGAUAUUUUUUAAAAUGCACAUGUUAAUUCAUGUGUCUAACAUGCUAAAGUACAUUAACUGUGAUCAUGAAACUGAAUAAAAUAUUUGAAAACAAUCUUUCAAAUAGAUUACUUUAUAUUCACUCUAUUUUAGCUAUCCAAUAUGUACUUGUAAAUAAUUUCCCAUUUUAAAUUAAUGGAUGCAAAUAAAUACUUUAAGUUGAGCUUUUUUUGAUAUUUGUGCUUGUUUACCUUAAUGUGACUAAUGCAGUAAUUUAUUAGUCUGGCAGUGAAUGAAUUCUACUAAAAUUCAGAUUUUUUUUUUAAACUGAAAAAUCUUGUUAGCCCCCUGAAAAAACAGGUUAUUCAGAAACAUAAGCUGAACUAGAUUGUCCAAACUGCACGCUAUAAUUCCUGUUUUCUUUAAAACCAACAAUGUAACUACUCCAGUAGUCAAUCGAAAAUAUGUUGGCUGGGAGUGGUGGUGUUUUAAAUAGUUGUUGUUGUUACACAGAAAAUAUGCCCAAACCAGCAUAGUUUAGACGGCUCGUUUUGACACAUGAGCUUCCAGUUUGUUUUUAAAACUCUAAGGCCUAAUCUAGCACCAUUGAAAUCGGUGGAAUGACCCCUACAGAGCUCAACAGGCUUUGGUUCUGGCUCUUACUAUGUGCUAAUGCUGGCAAAGCACCACUGAUUUCAGUGGAAAUACAUUAGUGCAAAACUGGAAGAGCCCAGUGAAGUAUCAGGCCCUUUGUCUAUCUCUGCUUUCUUGGAUUUCAUCUUACACACCUGAUUGCACAUUUCAUCUACAGCCCACAGACAAUUAACUGAAAUCAUCUGUACGUAACCAAGCCCUUCCUUCAUCUCUAGUCCUAGGACAGCAAGGGAUUUAUUUUUUAAAAAUAGAUCCUUAUUUUAAAAUGUAAUACUGAUGAUGAUUAUUGCUUAGGGUUUAUAUUGUGGUAGCACCUCCAGGCCACAACCAGGUUGGGCCCCAAUUGAACUUGGAUCGUAUUCAGUCCACACAGUUUCCUCCUCCAGAUGCUUGAAAAUGUAGAUUCUUGGGAUCCAAUCGUCCACUCUUCAUGGACCUGAAACUUCCAUUGACUUCAGUGGGAUGUUUUUGGUGUGCAAGGAAUGCAAGGUUGUGCCUUCUCUGGAUAGUAUAUAGAAGAUAAUACUUAGGGAACUGUGGCUGAAGGUGGGGUUUUGUGAAUACACAUGUGCUUUCCUGGCCACAGCAGGUGCAUGCCUAUUGAAACCAGUAGAAGCCCUUUAUACCUAUGACAGCAGAACUGACUGCAUAUAAGAGAGUCAAAAACAAUGGGAGAGAAUCCCUCACUCUCUUCUUUAAUACUUAUUCUGUCCUCAUUUACACAAGGGAGUGGAACAUGUGAGCUGUCCUUCGUCUCCUAUGUCUGAAAGCUCUAGGCUCCCUACAAAGACAUGCCAGGAUUUGAACAGAUGCAGGCAAUGUUACAGGGAUGAAGAGAUCACAUGGAAAAAAAGGAAGGGCUUGUUAUAAUGAAAGAGAAAUGCCAAGGGUAUAUCUUCUUAUGAGGAGAGCUCUAAACCUUCCACCUAAUAUUCUGAGUCUGUCACACUAGGCAAUUUUAAAUCACCAUCCUUUUUCGAUUACACAGUAACUCUAAAACAUGAUUAUCUUUGCUUCAUUACUCAGAUUCUGUCUUUUUGUCUGCUUUCAUUUUGUUCUUACCCACAAAGCAGCUUCUUAGCAAGAUAUUUUAAACUGGCUCCAAGUGCAUAGGAUCUCUUCUGAAACCCAGUUCUCACCUGCCUUGUGUCUGCCAGCUGCAUGGCAUUACAUUUACAUUCUGUCAGGUCAGAGAGAGACACGUCCCUUUGUCAUUCUACGCCAUCGACCCAUUUUCCCACUAUUUGUCCAUUUCUUUAAUAUGCAACUAAUCCUUUCAAAACAGAAUUAUUUUUCAAGUGGAAAAAGCAGAGUUUGAAUACAAAAAAUACACGUGAUCAUUCCAUAAGCAGCCUAAAAAUCAUAGAAUAACCAGUUCUUCAGUAGGAUAUUAGCACUUUGUAACAAAAUGGGAUACAUUAUAUAUUUGCUGCAAAGUUUUGUUUUGUGUUUUUUCUCAAAAAUAAAACCUGUAAGAUAUCAAGUCUACAAUCCAUUCAGUGUGAACUUCUUGUGUGGAGCAUUUCCGGCACAGAAACUAUCAGAAUUUGAGUUUUUAAACAGUUACAAUAGAAUUUUGAGACUUACUCUGAUGUAUUUAAGCUAAUUGUCCUUUGUUAAUGGCUUUCCAUUAGGACUAGAGAGGUAUGUCAGCUCUUCAGCUGUUGUAAAUCUGCAUAGCUCCAUUAACUUCAGCUGAGCUAUCCCAGUUUUAAAUUAGCUGAGAAUCUAGCUUAUUUAAAGUUAGUAAUUUCUUUCACUUAUAGGAGUUCACAAAAUCAGUCCCUUUUUCAGUCCUUGGGAAGAAACUGGUCAAAAGAGACCCAAAAACCAAAAUCUAAUCAACAAGUUCAGUUAAAAUAUUAAGCUUAACACUAAGCUUGACACUUGUUGCUUGAAUGCGAACCUUUGAUGCUUUUAAGUCAGCACUGUAGCAGUUCAUUUUAAAUCCAUUGGGUUCCUUUGCUAUCUUAGCAUAAUUGGUUAUGCUUCUUAGUCACACUAUCUAGUGUACUAGGUGGAUUUUUUGUUGUUUCUUUUUGAUAUCCGUUUGAGAAAUUUCCCUGAGUCACAGCACACUAUAUGAAUGCAGUUUGUCUUUGAUCAAUAAAAGUGUAAAAAAGAUGUUAUGUGCACUUGUACUCUGUCCUCGCAUAUAAACAAGGACUGCAGACUGAGGUACAAUUUAGUUACUUUCAUUAUAUUUCACACCAAAUUCCGUUCUCAGACCAAAGAAAACCUGAAUAACAACAUGCACGAUAGUAAAACUG